AUCCGACGGCGCUGAAACCCGGGAGAGGCACUCCUGCGCCACACUGUGACAGCCACAUUGGGAGAAAACAUACAACACAGUAGUAGAAAAAGACACGCCUCCGUGUUUGGGCAUCGUGGAGACAGCACUGUAAUUACAAAGCCAAGCGAAGAAACAACCAACACGGCCUUUCAUUUCUAUUGAACAAGAAAGGAGAAAGAAGAAAUAAGGCUAAAAGAGAGACGAGAUUAGGAACCUACGCACAAAGGUUUCAGCAUUGCCAUGAAUUUCUUUUCUAUGCAGAUGUUUUAGGAGAUUCUUUGAUCUUGCAACUGAUUUUUGCUGUUACUGAAUCAGUCCUUGGGAGUGAGUUUAAUUCCGAUGGAGAGCUUGGCCCAGCUGGAGGCCCUGUGCGAGAGGCUCUAUAAUUCGCAGGACUCAGCGGAACGAGCUCAUGCAGAGAACACUCUUAAAUGCUUUUCAGUGAACACUGAUUACAUUUCGCAAUGCCAAUACAUUCUGGACAAUGCAUUGACUCCUUAUGCGUUGAUGCUGGCCAGUUCGAGUUUGUUGAAGCAAGUCACUGAGCAUAGCCUUGCUUUACAGCUUCGUCUUGAUAUCAGAAAUUACCUUAUAAAUUAUUUGGCGACAAGAGGACCGGAACUGCAGCCUUUUGUAACUGGAUCCCUAAUUCAGUUGUUAUGCCGAGUUACAAAGUUUGGGUGGUUUGAUGAUGACAGAUUCAAAGAUGUGGUUAAGGAGUCAAUGAACUUUUUGAGCCAGGCAACAUCAGAUCACUAUGCUAUAGGUCUGAAAAUACUGAACCAGCUUGUGUCUGAGAUGAAUCAGCCUAAUCCAGGGUUGCCUUCAACACAUCAUCGAAGAGUAGCCUGCUCUUUUAGAGAUCAGUCACUUUUCCAAAUAUUUCAGAUAUCUUUGUCAUCAUUGCGUCAACUAAAAAAUGAUGUGGUUAGCCGGUUACAGGAGUUGGCAAUUUCUCUUUCCCUUAAAUGUUUAUCUUUCGAUUUUGUUGGAACAUCUAUAGAUGAAAGUUCAGAAGAGUUUGGUACUGUUCAGAUUCCAUCUCCUUGGAGGCCAAUUUUAGAGGAUCCAUCAACACUGCAGAUAUUUUUUGAUUACUAUGCAAUUACAAAGGCCCCUCUGUCAAAAGAGGCACUGGAAUGCUUGGUGAGGCUGGCUUCUGUAAGACGUUCUUUAUUCACAAAUGAUGCUGCUCGUUCUAAGUUUUUGGCCCAUCUCAUGACAGGAACCAAAGAAAUUCUGCAAACAGGGCAAGGUCUUGUUGAUCAUGAUAAUUACCAUGAAUUUUGUCGUCUCCUUGGACGUUUCAGAGUAAAUUAUCAGUUGUCAGAGCUUGUGAAUGUGGAUGGCUAUAGUGAUUGGAUACAUUUAGUAGCAGAGUUCACGUUAAAGUCCUUACAAUCCUGGCAGUGGGCCAGUAGCAGUGUAUACUACCUUUUAGGGUUGUGGUCCAGAUUGGUGACAUCUGUACCAUAUUUGAAGGGCGAUGCUCCAAGCUUGCUGGAUGAAUUUGUGCCUAAGAUUACUGAAGGUUUUAUCACAUCUAGAUUUGACUCUGUGCAGGCUGGAUUUCCGGAUGAUCUUUCUGAGAAUCCACUAGAUAGCGUUGAACUUCUUCAGGAUCAGCUAGAAUGCUUUCCUUACCUUUGCAGAUUCCAGUUGCAGUAUGAAAGCAGUAGUUUGUACAUAAUAAGCGUUAUGGAGCCUGUCCUGCAAACAUACACGGAAAGAGCACGAUUGCAGAACAGUGAUAACAGUGAACUCUCUGUAAUUGAAGCCAAACUUGCUUGGAUUGUUCAUAUUAUUGCUGCUAUUCUUAAGAUAAAACAAAGUACUGGUUGUAGUGUGGAAUCACAAGAAGUAAUUGAUGCUGAACUUUCAGCUCGUGUUCUGCAGUUAAUAAAUGUUACUGACAGUGGACUACACAGUCAGAGAUAUCGUGAAAUAAGCAAGCAAAGACUCGAUCGUGCCAUUCUUACAUUCUUUCAGCAUUUUCGAAAGUCUUAUGUAGGGGAUCAGGCCAUGCAUUCUUCCAAGCAGUUAUAUGCCCGAUUGUCUGAGCUUCUUGGACUACAUGAUCAUCUGUUAUUAUUGAAUGUGAUUGUUAGCAAAAUCGCUACAAAUCUCAAGUGCUACACUGUGAGUGAGGAGGUUAUUGACCACACAUUGAGUCUGUUCUUGGAACUGGCAUCUGGGUAUAUGACUGGAAAGUUGCUUCUGAAGUUGGACACUGUUAAAUUCGUAGUUGCCCAUCAUACUAAGGAGCACUUUCCAUUUUUAGAAGAAUAUAGAUGCUCUCGCAGCAGAACAACCUUCUACUACACUAUUGGCUGGUUGAUUUUUAUGGAGGACAGUCCUGUGAAAUUUAAAUCUUCAAUGGAUCCCCUUUUGCAAGUUUUCAUCAGUCUAGAAUCAACUCCUGAUGCAAUGUUUCGUACUGAUGCUGUAAAAUAUGCAUUAAUUGGGUUGAUGAGGGAUCUUCGAGGAAUUGCAAUGGCAACAAAUAGCCGCAGAACUUACGGGCUUCUAUUUGAUUGGUUGUAUCCUGCACAUAUGCCACUUCUCUUGAAAGGCAUUUCGCACUGGACCGAUACACCAGAGGUUACCACCCCAUUAUUAAAAUUCAUGGCGGAGUUCGUCUUAAACAAAGCCCAACGAUUAACGUUUGACUCAUCUUCUCCUAACGGGAUACUUCUUUUCCGGGAAGUCAGCAAAUUAAUAGUUGCUUAUGGGUCAAGGAUUUUAUCUCUUCCAAAUGCUGCUGACAUUUAUGCCUACAAAUACAAGGGAAUAUGGAUUUCUUUAACAAUUCUUUCAAGAGCUCUUGCUGGAAACUAUGUCAACUUUGGUGUGUUUGAACUAUAUGGUGAUAGAGCACUUUCUGAUGCCCUUGACAUUGCUCUAAAGAUGACACUCUCAAUUCCUUUGGCUGAUAUAUUGGCUUUUCGGAAGCUGACGAGGGCUUACUUUGCAUUCUUGGAGGUUUUAUUCAACAGCCAUAUUGUUUUUAUAUUGAAUCUGGAUACAAACACCUUUAUGCAUAUAGUUGGUUCCCUUGAAUCUGGUCUUAAGGGUCUGGAUGCAAAUAUCUCAGCACAGUCUGCAUCUGCCGUUGAUAGUUUAGCUGCUUUCUAUUUCAACAACAUUACUGUGGGCGAGGCACCCACCUCACCGGCUGCAGUUAAUCUUGCAAGGCACAUUGCAGAUUGCCCCACUUUGUUUCCAGAAAUACUUAAGACUCUAUUUGAGAUUGUUUUAUUUGAGGACUGUGGCAACCAAUGGAGUCUCAGCAGACCAAUGCUGAGCUUAAUUCUUAUCAGUGAGCAGAUUUUCACCGAUCUAAAAGCUCAGAUUUUGGCUUCACAGCCUGUGGAUCAGCAUCAGCGCCUUUCCCUCUGUUUUGACAAACUAAUGGCUGAUGUCAAUCGAAGCUUAGAUUCAAAGAACAGAGACAAGUUCACGCAGAACCUGACCAUAUUCAGACAUGAAUUCCGCGUCAAAUAGCUUCGCUCUUUGUGAGCUGCAGCUGCUCUUUGCUGGAGUAUAUUGUCUGCAAAAGAUAUUCAUUGUGAAGAAUCCUGUGCCCAAUACCUCUUCUCAGUUCUAAACAUGGACUAUUCUGUGAUAGAAAGUGAGCUUCUGUAUACUGCAAGUGGUCAUUAUGCCUGAACCAAAUAGAUGUAGGUUUUCUGAAGCUCAUACAUUUGCAAAAGGGAAAGGUCGUUUUUUUGGAUUCUUUGUGGUGAUUCUGUAUAGUGCUCCUUGUAUUGAAAGGAAUAGAUAUAAAGAACUUAGAUUGGUAUACUUUCAGAAAAAGGAUUCCAGCAUUUGGAGAAGCUAAUGGUGGGUUUGAGAUUUGGUUGGGGUUUGGCCAAUGCUUAAUUUUAGAAGAUCAAUUCUUUUUAGAAUGAAGUUGUAAAUCAUUAAUCGGUUAUUUCUUUUACAGAGAUGGAUGAGCUUGAAGCAGAUAUUGUGUACAUUAACCCUACAUAUAUUCUUUAUAGUUGUUGAUAAUAGAAAGUAAUAGUUGAUUGACUGUC